AUGGCGCUCGCCUACCAAGCCUUGCAGGUUCUGUGCGCCAACGGCGGCUGCCUGGAGCAGGGCGACCUCCGCCGGAGGCUGCCAGGCCGCCCCACGGCCGAGCAGCUGGCGCUGGUGCUGCGGGACUCGCAGCGGUUCACGGUAGUCCCCCGGCCCGGUGAGGCGGGGGCGGCAGGGGAGGUGUCGGUGGUGGUAGCUACCACCCCCGUGCGGCUGUGCCAGGACCACGGUGCUGGCUGCGAGGGGCAGUGCGGGCGGCUGCAUCUCUGCAAGUACCACCUGAAGGGGCUCUGCCGGAACCAGCAGGCGAGGAAGGUAUGCAAGUUUGUUCAUUGCUUCCACUCGGACCACAAUCUCCCUGUUCUGAAACAGUAUGGACUCCAGAAUUUAAAUGAUGCUGAACUUCGCCAGCUUCUGCUUCAGAAUGACCCUUCCCUCUUACCAGAGGUCUGCUUGCAUUAUAACAAAGGUGAUGGACCUAAUGGAUCCUGUGUCUAUAAAAAGAUAUGCACCAAACUCCAUGUUUGCCAGUACUUUUUGUGGGGACAGUGCAGAUUUGGCAGCAGCUGCAAGCGAUCCCAUGACUUGUCAAAGUUGGAAUGUUAUGAAAAACUGGAGAGACAGGGAAUGAGCUCAGACAUUAUUAAAAAACUACCCUCCAUUUAUAGAAAUAUGUAUGACAUACAAAAUGGCAACAGGAACAAAUAUGAAACAGAAGAUGCCAAGUCUUCACCAUGUAAAGAGAGAAAAAACAGCUCUAGCCAAGAUGAUGUGUUGGAAGAGAUCUGUUUAUAUCAUCUGUACAGAAGUAGUUGUGGCUUUAAAGACAAGUGUAUCAGAAGUCAUUUUCACUUGCCAUAUAGAUGGCAGAUCUCUGAUGGUAAUACCUGGAAGGACUUGAAGAAUAUGGAAGAAAUAGAAAAAGCAUAUUGUGACCCCAGGAAUACCAGAUAUAAAAAUGGUGUUACUGAAAGUGGCUCUGUCUUGUCACCUAUCUGUUUUCUAAGUAUGUCCUGUGGGUUUGGAAAGGUUAGACGUCUUUCUACAGCCUCCUCUGUGACCAAACCCCCUCACUUCAUUCUUACAACAGAAUGGAUCUGGUACUGGAAAGAUGAAUAUGGCCUAUGGCAGGAGUAUGGGAAAAAAAAUGAGAUUCAUGAAUCUGCCACUGUCUCCAGUGAUGACCUGGAGAAAGCUUAUAUAGCUGAAGGUUCUCCAAAGCUGAACUUCAAAGCUGGAAGACAUGAAUAUGAACUCAGAUUUGGAGACAUGAUUCAGAAAAACCUUCGCUACAGAAUGGAGAGAGAGGUUUGCAGAAGACCUAAAUUUGUCUCUAAGGCAGACAUAGAAAACUUAAGAGCAAGGGGCUUUAAACACACAGAGGUGUUUAAGGGCAUUCCAGCUCACUGGGACAAAUCUGCCUUGCCUGAACUGGGAUUCAAGCUGAUUGUGCUUGACAGUUCUUCUGAAGAAUACAAGAAAGUCAUGGUAGACUUUCAACGCACAAUGCCCAAAACAGUUAUUAAAAGGAUUUCUAGAGUUCAGAACCCAUCUCUCUGGGAACUGUUUCAAUGGCAGAAGGAACAAAUGCAGAAGACCAAUAGUGGAAAGACUGUGGAUGAGCGAUUUUUAUUUCAUGGGACCAGUUCAAAACAUAUUGAUGCCAUCUGUCAGCAAAACUUUGACUGGAGGAUCUCUGGCCUUCAUGGGACAGUCUAUGGCAAAGGAAGCUAUUUUGCAAGGGAUGCUUCUUAUUCUGACAACUACUGCAGAGAAGACCAAUACAUCAAGACCAUGUUUCUAGCACGGGUGCUGGUGGGGGAGUUCACUACUGGUAGUUCUUCUUACGUUCGUCCUCCCUUGAAGGACAACCAGAACUUCUAUGACAGUUGUGUGAAUAACUCUUCAAACCCUUCUAUCUUUGUCAUCUUUGAGAAGCAGCAGAUUUAUCCAGAGUAUCUCAUAGAAUAUGUCAACAUAGCUUUGACAGAACUGCUGUAGCAGCAAAACCUAUCAUCAUUAUCUUUAGCUGGUAUAAACAUUGUUUAAAAUAUUG